GCUAUAAAUGCAUAGAGUAUGGGGCAAUCAAGCAAUGCUGCUCUAGAUUAUUGAAUCCUCUUCUUCUCCCCAAACAACAACCUUCUCAUUAUGGAUGCAGAAGAAGUUCUGAAAUUGUUGGAUACCAAUUGGUUUGAGACAACAAUUUUCACCAACAAAACCCCUCCACUUUUUCUUUCACCAGUGGAUUCAACAACCCCUCAGUCUCAUGUGAAAAAAGUGCUUCCUUUAGAUUCAAAGCUCAUGAGGAUUCCAACACUUCAAGUGAGGUCUUUUAGUGACCAAAACUUGGGCUCAACUGUGGGUGUUUUCUCUGAUUUUCCAUCACCAAACUCUGUUCUCACACCACAGAAGCUGAGACCAAUUCUCUCUGGAAAGGAAGUGGAAGAAUUUCCUGUGGAAAAUGGUAACAGAAAGCAUGAAGAUGAAGAUGAAGAAGUGCCCCGUAAGAAAAAGAUGAGUCAUGGUCACAGAAGAAGAUUCAGAAAAGGAAAAGCUACUAGGAGCCUUUCAGACCUUGAGUUUAAGGAGCUAAAAGGGUUCAUGGACUUGGGUUUUGUGUUUUCUGAGGAGGACAAGGACUCAAAGUUGGUUUCUUUGAUACCAGGGUUGCAAAGGCUAGGAAUAGAGGACGUUGGAGUGAAUUCAGAAGAGAAAAUUGAUGAAACCGUGAUUUGCAGGCCUUAUUUGUCUGAAGCUUGGGGUGUUUUAGACCAAAGGAAGGUUGUGAAUCCUUUGUUAAAUUGGAGGGUACCAGUUGUAGGCAAUGAGAUAGACAUAAAGGACAAUCUCAGGUUCUGGGCUCACACAGUUGCAUCCAUUGUAAGAUAACAAUGAAUAAGUUUCCUUUUUCUGGUGGAUGUUCUAA